AUGCUAUCAUCCGGGGUGGAGUCUCUCCUGGAUCCUCCCGUGUCGGCUGUAACAGAGGAGUUGUACGCCGGGCCACUGGAGAGCAUCUCCACUGAGCUUAUGGCUGUGCCGGAGCCUAAUGGUGGGUUAGGUGCAAAGUCUGACGUGUCGACGCCCAUGUUAGCACCUGAUCACAGUCCGUCAUCUGAGCACCACAGGACUUCGGGAGCAGAGAACCUUUGCCAGAAGACAGAGGAUUCGGGUGAUAUGCUCAAGGUGACUUCUGAUGGGCCAACAGAAUCCCUUACGGAAGAAUUCCAAAAGGCUGGAGACCUGGAAGAGGAUGAAAAAGACAAAAAAAGAAACUUUAGGAAACCAGGCUGUUCUGCUGAUGGAUACCAGAAAGAAGAUGCAAAGGCGCGAGGUGCUGAGGGGUAUCACACUGAAUGCUGUGCUUCAACUCCUGGGGAAAGUUGGUUGGAACAAGAGGGCCCUCACUUAAACCAGCGUGAGGUGAAGUCUCUGAGAACCUGUUGCACUGAGAUAGUGGGAUCUCUGAAGAACGCAGAAGAAAACCAACCAAAUGUUCAGAAUAAAGCUGAAACUCGUCCAAAGCUCACUGAAGAAGUACAAGGUAUGAAGGCUGAUGGGACUAGGAUAUUUAGUAAAGCAGGAUACAGGAAUGACAGAGUGAGUAAAGGUCUUCCACCUGAGAGCAGUGAAUGCCCAGGCGUAGACACAGUCAUGGCCAGAGCUGGGAUUUCAGAAACCAGCAUGUUAGAUGUGUUAGAGCCUUUAAGUGUCACGGACAUUGAAUCAGCCACAGAGCAUCCACAAGACACGGAUGAAUAUAGUGGGUUGAAAGUCCAUAUGGCCAUGCAGUUGAGAACAGGGGGUAAUGUUGUAUCUAUUUUGGAGGCUAGGGACACAAAGUUACCCAGACAUAAUCCUGUUAAUGAUUUGAGUACAUCACUUGCUAAUUGCCAGACUUAUCAGCAGGAUGAAGAAAACAAUGCUCAUGACUCCUGUACUGGUCCCAUAACUAAACAUAAUGACCCUCAUAGGUUGCCAUCAGUAGAAAGUUGUAGAACACUCUCCACAAGAAGUUCUGAAGUUUUAGUUUCGGUUCUGAAAAGCAACCGUUAUCUGGACUUUAGAAAUAUGCCACUAGAAAACAAUAGUACUGCAGUCUGUGGAAUUAGCAGUGAAACCCCAAAAAAGUAUCUUCCCGAAAACGUCAAAAGUCAGACUCGUGAUCAUGGAACUGAGUUUGUAGAAACUCAAACCUCCACAUCCGUACCGGUAGAGCAUAUGUCAGUGGUAAGGAGCAAAGGAUUAUGUAGUACUAAAAUUGAUCAUAGGCAAGGAAGUGCUAGUAUAGGUAAGUCAUACGGCUCUGAAUUUGAAGAGGCUGCUAAAGUCUGGAGAAAAAUUGCUGUGGGAGAUAACGUUGAAUUUGGUAGCUGGCCUGAAGCUCAAGAGGGUGCUAAUUCUGAGCAUUGUCAUUCUUCAGUUUUUAGUUCUGUUGCUUCAUCUCCUGAGGAGUUCUCAAAAGAAAAAUUAAAAAUGGUCCCAUCAGAAGGUGAUAAGUUGAAAAAGGAGCAGUGGCAAUUCUCUGUCAGUGAUCUAUGCAGGGAUGAGAUAAAAGCAAAUAAUCUAUUGAUGGAAAUAAGCAGUGUUGCUUCCCAUGAAAUUGGACAGACAGACAUGUGCUUUUAUAAUACCUCCAGUAAAAGUUCUCCUCCCCGUAGCCACAGCUGUCUGGAUCUUAGUAUCAAGCUAGAAAAAGAUUCACCUGAAGCACAACUGCUUGAAAAGGAAUCUGAGCGUAAUACAACACCAGGAGAGUUGGCUGACAGUUUAGUUGAAGCUACAGAAGCUAGUAGUAGUGACAGUUUGUCCCCUGGCAAAGAGACUAAUUUAAUUUAUACACUAAAUGUACCUCUGCCUCCUGUUGCACAAAUAUCAAGAGAACCUCAUCAUAAUGAGCGUCCUCCUUGUACUGCUAAUGAAGUUUCAAGCAGGGACAAGGCUCAGGAUGAUCUCUCUGGAAAAGAAUCAGUUGGUGCUUCUGGAACAACAGGGGAAGAAAUUGCUGAAAUUGUGCUUCAUAAAGACAAAUUCAAGUCUUCGGCAAGUUCCAGGACUUUUGAUAACCCUAAUAUGACAAGCAAAAUUUCCCAAAAGAACGUGAAGUCUUCGGUGGGAAAUAUAGAGAGUGUGGUCACUGGUUUAGAAAAUGAACAUAGUGACAUAGAGAGUUGUAAUAAUCAGAGCAUAAAAAACCAGGGUACAGCUGCCAGUACUUCCUGUGUUUUAUCAGGGAGUUCACGUGUAGAUGAUGUUCUUCCGAACAGUCAUUCUUUCGAUGUUGAUAAGAAGAUUGAAGAAAAUGAUAGUUUGGAAGGAGAAGCUCCAGCUGGAUAUAAUAGUAAAAAGGCAAUCAUCUUUCCAGAAGCACGCUUCCCUUUGGCAUGUGGAUCUCUUCCUUGUGAAGAUGACUGGGGCAACAGAGGUGUAGAUCUGCAUGGGAUAAAUUACAUUUCCACAGCAAAAAACAUGUUUGGCUCAGCUUAUACUGCAGAGAAGUCUAUUGCUACCUUGCUAGGAGAUGGGAUUUCAGAUAAAAAUAUGGAAGCUGUGAAACAAUUUGAUCUUUGUAAAGUAACAGAUGGCAGUGAAAUCGUUUGUGACAAAGAUGGGGCAAAAGAACAAAUUGGCGUGUGUGCUCUCCAGACAGAUGAAUUUGAUAAAAUAAGAACUGUGGAUUCUCCAAAGGCUCCUGAAGGCAAUCAGAGAAAUAAGACUAGUGAACAGCUAUUAGUCAGAUAUUUGAACAAAAAAAAUAGUGUUCGUAAUUUUGGAUUUUGCAACUCUCCAUUAGGCCCAAAGAAGAGAGAACUAGGCAUGUGUGAGAAGAAAGAAGUGUCAUCACUCGCAGCUAAUCCCUCGGAGUGUAGAGCUUCAGUCUGUGAUACGUGUCCGUUACUCAACAAUGUGAAUAUUCAAACACAACAUGCUAGCCAAACAGAAAAGACCCUUUGUCCAAUGGAAAAUCAGUGUCUUACGUGUCAGAGUGAGUGUGAUGGCCCAGUUCCAGGCAGCAAGCAACAUUUAGAAAGUUCAACCAACCAACCAGACACUGGCUUACAAACUACAGCUACGUCUGUGGAAGAAACCAAAAUAUCAAUUGGCUCCAGUCAAAGUGAAGAGAUACUGUUCAAGACGGGUGAUGACAUGCCUCUGAUAGUUCAUAAAGACGCAAGAGAAGACAGUUCUAAAGCAACUCCAAAAGAGAAUGUAGUGGAUUUGGACUCUUUAAAUGGUGUGAGAAAUGAAGACUGUUCAGGAUAUAUGGGCUUCGUCAGUGACCGAACUGAGGAGAAGACAAUCAAACUAAAAGAACAGGAGAAUGGAUGUAAAAGAGAAGAUAAAGGAACUGUUGAAGAAAGCUUUUCUGAUAGCAAAUCGCAUUGCUCACACAUGCUGACUGUAAAAGGCAUGGAUGUGACCCCACCAAAAAGUACUCACUGUGGAGAGAAGUUUAACAGUAUACGUGUAGAAGAGAAGAUGGGAAGAGAAGUAGCCCCUAGAAAAAAGUUGCCCAUAGAUUCUUUUCUUGAUGGAGAAGAUUGUCUAUGGGCCUUGUUAGAAGAUUCAAAAGAGUCUGGUAGCAAAAUAGUCCCUCUCAGUACUGAGAAUUAUGGAAAUGCUUUGGAAGAAAUCCCAAAAUCUAACCAAAAUGAUCUUUCAAAAGAAAGAACAAAUACUACAAAGCUCACAAACUUAGCAGCUACCAGUCUGCUUUCAGAAAUGGUGCAUGGUUGUCAAGCUGAAGAUGCGUCUGAUGCAGAAACUUCACGAGAACUGCAGUGGAAUACAACACCCACAUUUUAUCCAUGUAGGAGUAUAUCAUCAAACAGUUGCGAAGAAUCAUCCCCAAACUGUGUGGUUUGCAGUGGAGUAUGUGUGCCUUACAAAUUAAACGCACAGAGCAAAGAUAACGUAAAGGAGAUUACAGAAGGCCUGGACGCUAUAGCAACUUGUUCUGUUUGCAAGGAAAAUGAGGCUUUAGAUUCAGAGAGACUUGAUGACAUGCAGAAAUGUCAGGUACUUAAACGAAAGAAGAAGUAUGUGAAGAUGGAAGUACAUCUGUCAGACAAGGCACAACAAGAACAGAAGUCAGAAUAUCAAGAGAAAGCAAAAAUCACACUGCAACCAAGUGUACUGCAUAGUUCUGAACUCUUAUGCAGCUCUUCAAAUGAGUCGGUGACAUCAAGAGAUACAGAGUUUGAAGGUCCUUCAGAGGAGAUUUUUGCUGUCAGAAGCAGUGAAAAUAAACUAUGUAGCACUUUACAAGAAGUCAAAAGGCCAAAGAUUACCACAGAUAUUGUGAGUUCACAGUUUUUGAAGACUCAGGAUUCAGAAGUGGAAAACCUGAACCUUAAUUUAGGGCGUGAUAGGAUCCCUGGUGCCUUUGGAACUACAAAUAAACUAAGAGGACCUCUUCCAUUAAAAAUACAGCCUGGAAGGACAUGCAAAAAAGUUCCCACAUCGUACCAGCUAAAAACUGUAAGAAAAAGCAAAAAAAUCAAAAGUUCACCUUUUCUUGAGAUCCCCCCAGAAAUUCUCCCUAAGCAGGAAAACGCACUUCUCGAAUCAUUGUACCUUCCAUCUAAACCAGCGACAAUGGAAUCGGAAGCAGCCAUGAGUUUUAUGCAUAUGCCAAGGCAGAGGGCCAAGAGGUGCAGUUCGUUGAACAGCUUGAAGCUUAGAAAAUGUACCAAAGAACGAGCACUGUUGAGCAAGCUGUCUGCAAUGGCUAGCAAACUCCUGGAACCUGCCAAAAGUAUCCAUAACUUAGAACCUCUGCCAUAUUCUUCUGAAAUUCUUCCAGUGGGUGAGAGGUACAGCCAACGUAGAUCUAAAAAUCUAUUGGAAGCCUUUUCUUGUGUUAACAGGAACGUACACUCACGCUGGGCUGACAGUUGGUGCACCAAGAUGUUCAACUUUCAGCCUUUGGCACUUUAUCCUGUAGAAUCUACCAAAAUACUUUUUUCAGACUUGAGCCACGAGCCUCCAGCCUCUCUCUUGGAUACCCCAGUUUUCCCAAUUUCUUUUCAUGUACAGUUGGACUCCAGUCCUGUGACAGUCCUCACAGGGAUUACAUCCCAGCACUCUGUACAUUGCAGACCAGUUUUGGGAGAAAUGCCAGCAUCACCUUCACAGUGGACUUUUUCUUUUCUCCUGUCUCAGAGCUGUUCAGAUACAACAGCUUUCAUGGAAGAUUCCAGUCUAAAUAAUGAGCUGCAUUCUUCUCUCUCUGUAACAACCCCACGGGCUGCUGCCUUUCAUCCUGACUGUGGAAGAAAUGCCAUAGCUGAAAGAAGAGGAGGUUGCUCUAUGCUUGGCCUUCACACAGUGUUAGCGCUUUCUUCCCCUGGAUGUUACAGGAUUUGGACGAGAAGAAGAAACUUAACCAGUCAUAUUCCUACCAUCCAGAGACUACUGAUGUCGCAAUUCGCACAGGGUUUGAAAGGGGCAAGGUAUCCAACUUCUGUAUCGGACGACCUCGUCUCUUCAUUGCCAUACUCACUGGGCAGGGUGCUAUCCCUAUGGAGCCAGCAUGGUCCUUCUGCCUGUCCCUCCGAAAUCACUCCUCUCCAUUCCAAUCACUGCAAGUGGCAGCCAAGUGUGGGCAUCGAGAACAGCUAUGCCAUGUUACCGCACUUACCUGUACAGCAUAUGGAAGCACUACAGACUGCAGGUCAUGAGAUACAUCUGGAAACUUCAUUCCCUCUUCUGUUACCAAAGCCUGGCUCACUUCCAGAACCAUUGCCAUUUCCCCCCAGGCUUUCAGCAUCAGAGCUCCAGGUCCAUGCCCUUGAUGAAGCUGAUGCUUCUGUUCCAGCCUGUCUUAGAUCCCAAGAUGAUACGGAACUGAAAAAAACUGAGACAGAAAAGAGGCCAAAGAAAGUCUCACAGAUCCGAAUCAGGAAAACUGUUCCUAAGCCGGACCCUAACCUUACUCCAAUGGGACUACCCAAACCAAAAAGGCUUAAGAAGAAAGAAUUUAGUUUAGAAGAAAUUUACACGAACAAGAACUAUAAGUCCCCUCCUACAGCCAGGAGCUUGGAAACAAUCUUCGAAGAGCCCAAGGAGAAGGAUGGAUGCUUGAUCUCUGUCAGCCAGCAGAAGAGAAAGCGGAUUCUAGAGUUUCAGGACUUUACUGUUCCGCGGAAAAGGAAGACGAGAAGCAAAAUCAAAGCUGUGGGUAGUUUCACCCGAGCAAAAAAAGCUGCACUACAGAAUGCAGAGUUAGAUGCUCUUCUGAGUCAGAAGCUAAUGGACCUGGAAGCCUUUUUUGAAAAGGAGGCUGAGCAGGAGCAGACCUCUAGCAUCUCAUCUUAG